CUUGUUGUCUGGCCUACUUCUGCAGGUGGCAUGAAAGUUAAGGCUGAUAGAGAUGAAUCAUCCCCAUAUGCAGCUAUGCUUGCAGCGCAAGAUAUUGCUCAAAGAUGCAAGGAACUUGGCAUCACUGCCCUUCAUAUUAAGCUCAGAGCCACUGGUGGUAACAAGACAAAGACUCCAGGCCCUGGUGCUCAGUCUGCUCUCCGUGCCCUUGCUCGUUCAGGAAUGAAAAUUGGUCGUAUAGAGGAUGUAACUCCAAUUCCUACUGAUAGCACUCGCCGAAAGGGUGGUAGACGUGGAAGAAGGCUGUAAGCUUUGGUUCUUAUCCAAUCUAAACUUCAUCACAUCAGCAGGGACCCUGAUUUUUCGUUGGACAUGGUAGUAUUGUAGCUUGAGGUGACAGAAUUUAGGUUGUAUGGAAAUGAGGGAUACUCAUUCCUGCCUUUUUGUUUCCGUGGUGAAAUUGGCCUGUCCGGUUCUCCUUUGAGUCUGUUGGUUGCUUAGAUCAUGGAUACUUCACCUGUUAAAAUGUAUUUGGUUUUUCAACUUAUUCGGUUGGCAAGAUAUCAAGCUUUGAGACCUUUGCGUUGUGCUUUAAAAUUUAAUUGAUGUGUGGAUUGGAUUUAUUA